UCCCCUAGUUUCUGCUCGCAUCCUCGCCGUGACGCCGCCUGAGAAGUCCUCGCCGCCGCCACCCUCGACCCACCCGAAUCAAAACGGGUUCUUAUUUAUUAACCUAAUUUGAGCUAAGCAAACAGAAAACAACAGUGAAGUGAUUUUCUUCAAGACAUAAACCCUAAACCCUUGUGUUCGCGAACCAGAGACUCCAUGGCGAACCCUAAUAGCCAGAAGAAGAAGAGCAACAAGAAGAAGAAAACCAAGUCUGGUCCUGAAAGCGUAGCCAUGAAGGUGAAGAAGGCUACGACGGUUAACAACCCUUUCGAAUCGAUCUGGUCGCGCCGGAAGUUCGACAUCAUGGGCCAGAAACGCAAGGGCGAGACCCGUCGCAUGGGUUUGGCUCGUUCCCAUGCCAUCCAGAAGCGGAACAACACGCUCCUCAAGGAGUAUGAGCAAAGCGUCAAAUCCUCCCUCUUCGUCGAUAAGCGAAUUGGAGAGAAGGAUGAAGGUCUUGAUGAGUUUGGCAAAGCUAUUUUGAGAUCCCAGCGUGAACGCCAGUUGAAUGUGAAACUGAGCAAGAAAAGCAAGUAUCACUUGUCUGAUGGAGAAGAAGAUGAUGAUUUUGAAGGAGUUGAUGCUCUUGGAAGAGAUGAUUAUGAGGACCAGAUGCUUGCUGAUGGUGAUGGCGACGACGACGCUGGUGAAACUGGCAGAAAUUCAGAUUUGGUUCAGCACCUUAAUGCUUAUGGUGCGCGGAGUUCAGGGGAAAUCGGUGUGGCAGGCAGUGAGGAAAAUAGGCAUAAAAGCAAGAAGGAAGUGAUGGAAGAAAUUAUCUCAAAAAGCAAAUUUUACAAGGCUCAAAAAGCUAAAGAGAAGGAAGAAAAUGAAAACAUGGUUGAAGAAUUGGAUAGGAAUUUCACUUCCUUGGUUCAUUCUGAGGCCCUAUUGUCUUUGACUGAACCCACAAAGAUGAAUGCUUUGAAGGCUCUGGUGAAUAAGAGUAUUCCAAAUAAACAAAGUGAUAAGGAUAGCUCAUCUGCUACUCGGACUAAGAAUGACUUUGUGCAGGAAAAACCUGAUGAUUAUGACAUACUUGUCAGACAAAUGGGAUUUGAAAUGCGUGCUCGCCCUUCAGAUAGGAUGAAGACACCUGAAGAGGUUGCUCAGGAGGAAAAAGAACACCUAGAGCAAUUGGAGGAGGAGAGGCAGAAGAGGAUGAUUGCUGCUGAAGAUUCAAGUGACGAAGAAAAUGAGGAUUCAGAAGAAAGUGAAGAUUCAAGUGAUGAAGAAAAUAAAGAUUCAAAAGAGUCAUCUAAACAGAAGCAAAGAUUUCCUUCUGGUGAUGAUCUUGGUGAUUCCUUCUCUGUCAAUGAUGAAACUUUGACUAAGAAGGGUUGCAUUGAAAAGAUUCUUGAAAGCAUAAAUGAAGAAGAUUCUGGUAGUGAAGAUGGUGAAGACUCUGAUGAUUCGGAAAGCUCUGAAGAUUCUGAUGAAGGAUCAGAUGAAGAUUUUGGCAAACAUAAGAAUGAUCUUACUUUGAAAGAUUGGGAACAGAAUGAUGAUGAUGAUAUUGGUGCAGGUUCAGAAGAUGAAGGUGAUAAUGAUGAGGACAAAGAUAAAGCUGCAGAAGGACUUGAUGAGUUAAAAAUAUUGGAUACCAACAGGAAAGUCGGAGGAAAAAAGUCGAAAGACUUCGACAUUCCUUAUAUAAUUCAAGCUCCUCAGACCUUUGGAGAAUUAUGUUCACUUGUGGAUAAAUGUUCAAAUUCUAACACUAUCUUGGUUAUCAACCGGAUUCGGAAAAGCAAUUCAAUCAAACUUGCUGUAGAAAAUCGAAAAAAGAUGCAAACAUUUUAUGGAGUAUUACUAGAGUACUUUGCUGUUUUGGCAAAUAAGAAACCGUUGAAUGUUGAAUUGCUUAAUAUGCUGGUGAAACCAUUGAUAGAAAUGAGUUUGGAAACCCCAUACUUUGCUGCUGUAUGUGCUCGUACCAGAAUACAAAAAAUAAGAGAGCAAUUUGUUGGGAGUAUCAAGAACUCAGAAAGUAGCAGUUGGCCUUCUUCAAAGACAUUGUGUCUCUUGCGUUUGUGGUCCAUGACAUUUUCAUGUUCGGAUUUUAGACAUCCAGUUUUGACUCCUGUGAUAUUAUUGAUGUGUGAAUUUCUGAUGCGUUGCCCGAUAGCAUCUGGUCGGGAUAUUGCGAUUGGUUGUUUCUUAUGCUCGAUGCUUUUAUCUGUAUUUAGACAGUCUCGGAAGUUCUGUCCUGAACCAAUAAUGUUUCUUCGAACUUUGCUGUAUGCAGCCACUGAAAGUAAAUAUAUUUCAGAUGAAGAUGCCCUGUUUAAUCAUCUUAUGGAACCGAAAGCUCUCAAGCCUCUCCUCUGCAUACAUGAGACAGUAAACGAGAUUAGCCCUCUGGAUUUCUUUAAGAUAAUAAAUAUGCCAGAAGACUCUUGUUUUUUCACUUCUGAUAGUUUCAGGGCUAGUGUGUUACUUUCAGCUGUAGAAACUCUACAAGGAUAUAUCAACAUCUACGAAGGCUUAAGCUCAUUUCCUGAAAUGUUCUUACCAAUUUUGAGAUUGUUACUAGAGAUAGCAGAACAGAAAAAUAUACCAAAUGCAUUGCAGGAUAAAAUUAAAGAUGUGGCUGAGCUCAUUAAGUUGAAAGUAGAUGAACAUCACUCCUUGAGGCGACCACUCCAAAUGCGCAAACAGAAGCCAGUACCAAUCAAAUUAUUGAAUCCCAAGUUUGAGGAAAACUAUGUGAAGGGAAGAGAUUAUGACCCAGAUCGUGAACGAGCUCAAAGGAGAAAAUUGGAGAGAGAUUUGAAGCGUGAAGCCAAAGGGGCUGCUCGUGAAUUACGUAAAGACAACUAUUUCUUGCUUGAGGUGAAGGAGAAAGAGAGGUCUUUAAAGGAAAAAGAAAGAGCAGAGAAGUAUGGAAGAGCUAAAGCUUUCCUUCAAGAGCAAGAACAUGCUUUUAAGUCUGGACAACUAGGAAAAGGAAAGAAGAGAAGGGGAUAAACUCGACACCCUUCUUGUAAUCUGCAUAUUUAGUAUUUACCCCCUACAAUGUCCCGUUCAAACAUUUGAGCCUUUCCUUUUCAUAUUACUCAGUUCAAGGAAUCAGUUUUUAUGCAGUCUAGUGUAGGGCGGAGGAACGUAAGGGUUAAACGUUGGUUUUGGUUAGAGUAGAGUACUGUGUUUAACGUGAUUGCAUUUUCAUUCUAAUCCAUAAGAAGAGUUAUUUUUCUUAUGAAGAUCACAUGUCGUGCUUUUAGAAAAUUAAUUUUUUUUUUGCUUAUAAAAAAAAAUGUCCUUUUAUUUAC